UGAUCGGGCUUCAUCAUCAUCAGAAAAUAAGAAGAAGCGAAAGAAGAUGCCGAAAAGAGCUCCAGGGCGAAAAAUCUUCUUUGUUGACAUGGAUCAAAUCGAUAUCUUCGAAAAAAAAGAUAAGGAGUUUGACCUUUGGGGAGAUGAAGAAAAAAGCAAGGGAGAAACAUUACAAGAAGGGGUUUCCAUAUCGAAAUUUAUACCAUCCAAAACCAAUCAUGAAGAAGUAGUCUUCGAAUUUUCCCCAUCCGAGGACUUCAAUCAGAAAGAUUUAUUCACCAAGAAUAUUAAACCCCAUAUUGAAGCUAUCCAGAAACUUAUUCGCACCAGAUUCAGUUAUGUUCAAAACUAUGAAUUUUUAGUGGAUUCUGCUAACGAGGUGCUUCGGAUUCUUCGUCUGUACCUCAAGGAUACCAAGUCUCCGCGUUUUCACUGGGGCAGGAGAGCUUUUAUGCCACCAUUCAGAAAUCCAGAUGUAGUAUUUCAACUUCUCAAAGUAAAGGAUUGUGUCAAUAUCUGCAAGCUUGUGGAGAAUGAGCGUGCACUUCUAUAUCCUGAUUCUCCUGGGAUUUCCGAGCCAAAUCGUCUAACUGUUGACAAGGGACACGCUCUUACCCAACCUAUGUUGGAUCAAAGUAUCGCUUCUGGCUAUCACCUUCCUUUGAAUCGAAAAGAAAGGAAAAUCUGGCUGGACUUCAAAAAAUUGGACGAGGGGAAUCCUGAAUCUGGGAUGAUAAAUUUUACAUUUGAGGAGGACGAAAAAAGGUCAAUUAAUCUUUCUGAUCCCCUUGUUAGUGUUAUUGGUGGCUUUGCGGUUGCUGCUUUCAACAAGGCCUGUGCGACGCAUUUCAAGAAGGAUGAACAAAACAACGUCCAUGAUUUCGAAUAUAUGGAGUGCAAAUACGUCAAAGAAACCAAGGAUUAUUUCUUCUACUUGACCAUAGAGGCUAUCGAAGAAGGGAAUCUUGGCGUCUAUGAGGCCAUAGUUGUGUGCAGUAGAGACGACGGUAGUAGAAAAUUGCUCAAGUUUGUCCUUACUGACCGUGCACCAGCUGGUAUGAAAGCAAUGGCAAUAUCUCUUUUUUCUUGCCUGAUAUCCACAUGCAAAACUUUAGAACUUGUGGGAAAGGCAAGAUCACGCCGGUUGUUAGGAUUCCACAAGGUCGCUCGAGGUAUGCAACAAGGCAAGGCGUCUCAUGAGCUCAUUUUUUAUGAAUAUUUGCAUCGUGAUACUGUGAAAGGUAUUCGGCGAGUGAUUUCUUUGAACCUUCAUCUGCUCUUCCAGAAAAAGUGCACCCGAACAACUAAUUCAGAUGCAUGGUAUGUUCCUGAUCCCGACUCUAAUACCGGUCUGAAGCCUAGGGGUAGUGGUACACCUUGUAGGGGUUAUGACUACAACCACUACAAUCAGUAUCUCAUGGGCAGGUUAGUUUAUUGUGCUAAAUAAAUGUCAAUUGUUUUAGUUUAUCAUGAAUUUUAGUGCAAAGGUUUCUGAUAUUCACUUUCAUGUGUGGGGAUUUGGUUGUUGAAAGUGGUAUGCGUAGGAUGCGAGUAGAGCUAUAAAUUUGAUAAUCAUGCAUAAAU